AUGCUGACGAGAGGCAAAACACUGGGCAGGACACUGCUUCGACUGCAGCUGUCACCCUUUGCCCGGUUCUUCAGCUCUUUUUCAAGCUCCUCUUCAAGCUCUUCAGCGGUUCCCGAGAAGAGGCAAGACCUGAGUGACACCUUCGGGCGAAAGCACGACUACCUGCGCAUCUCGCUGACGGAAAAGUGCAGCCUCCGAUGUCUGUACUGCAUGCCCGAAGAGGGCGUCCAGCUGACACCAUCAGAGAAACUGCUCACCACCGAAGAGAUCCUCCGCCUGGCCCGCCUUUUCGUGCACCGCUUCGGCGUCAAGAAGAUCCGCCUGACGGGCGGUGAGCCUUUGAUCCGCCCUGACAUCCUCGACAUUGUCCGCCAGCUGAACGGGCUGAAGGCGCAUGGCCUGCAAAAGAUUGCCCUCACCACCAAUGGAAUCGUCUUCGCUCGGCAGGCUGCCGCCCUCCACUCGGCAGGCCUCGACUCGGUGAACAUCAGCCUAGAUACGUUGCGGCCAGAGCGCUUUGAGGCGAUCACCCGCCGGCGCGGACUGACCGCCGUCCUUAAGGCCAUCGAAGCGGCCCUGAACGAGGGCUUCGACUCGGUGAAAAUCAACGUGGUGCCGCUGCGCGGCGUCAACGACGACGAGGCGGAGGACUUUGUGCAGCUGACGAAGAGCGCCGGCCUGGAGGUGCGCUUCAUCGAGUACAUGCCCUUCGAGGGCAACCGGUGGGAG